AUGAAGGUCUUGGGACUGAGGUACCACGAGAACUCAAUCAACAAGUCGCACAAAUCUCACCCUUACCCACCUACAGGACCCGCCUCCAUCGGCCAGCGCGCUCCUGACGACAUCAUUGUCCCCUUCGCCCCUGCACCUGCAGAUACAUCACUACCAAGAUCAGAGUCGUUAGCGGAACUGGAGGACGAAGGGACCAACCAACAAUCGAAAGAUGUACGAUUGUACGACAUCCUCGCCUUCCCGGGAGUCUUCCAAAUCCUUGUCUUUGCGGCAGAUCGUCUGGUAGCGGAGAAGGACCUGGAUGCGAGACUGGGCAAGGAUAUCGAGCACUAUCAACGGGUUUGGUCGUCUAGGUGGCCAGGCCUCCGAGGCGUGUUGGAUUCGAACUCGAGCUCAAGCUCAAGCUCGAGCUCGGAGGCAAUGAUGAGCAAGAAGAACAAAUCGACGCCUCAGUUCAUGGUCCAUGUCAUCUCUAGCGCCACAUUCUCAGAGUCAGACAACCAUGGGACAGCAACAGCAAUGGCAGACAGGACAGAAGGUUACGGAAAGAUCUACAUCGAUCCUGAAGGAGGACGCUUGCACGAAUGGUUCGGAUUCACAGGUCUGUCAUCGACGCCGCCGACCAAGAAGAGCGCGUCUCUAGUCCAAGGAGGAGGGAUCGUGGUUCUGCGACCAGAUACUCAUAUCGCGUUCCGAGUCUCGGGUGUUGGUAGUCCCGCUUGGGCGGAUGUGGAUGAGUACUUUACGUCUUUAAUGACAGCCUCUUGA